UGCCAGUGGCAGCUUACGAGUGUGCUUUAUGCAAGGACUCCCCAAUAUAAAAUAUUUUAUAAAGGAGUGAUAAAAAUUAGGUUUAUUAAUUGAAAGCUGGCUAUAAACUUGGGCAGAUUUAACUGAAAGCCCUAGUCUUUUGCUCUUUUCUCUGUUUUUGUAGGACUGAACCCUCUUCAAGAGAUAUCUCAACUCAGGCAGUAUGCAAGGAGGAAUUCGAUCGAUCUACUCACACGGAAGUGUAUUCAAGAAUGCUGUUCUACAACACGUGCGGCUGGUGAAUCCAGCCACGCGGUCUCUUCUGUUUGCUCGUCAUGAGUCAGCUCAAGCUGCUAGUAUCGAUGAGCAGGGUUUUGAAAGCACCAUAAUUUCUGACAUUCUAAAAACCAAGGGGAAAAAUGCUGACGGGUCCUGGCUUUGGUGCACAACAGACGACUCUGUGUAUGAUGCUGUGAAGUCUAUGACACAGCACAAUGUUGGAGCAUUGGUUGUCGUUAAACCUGGGGAGCAAGAGUCAAUUGCUGGCAUUAUUACUGAAAGAGAUUACCUAAGGAAAAUCAUCGUACAAGGAAGAUCGUCAAAGUCGACAAAAGUUGGGGACAUUAUGACUGAAGAGAACAAGCUUAUCACGGUAACACCAAAUACCAAAGUUUUGAAGGCAAUGCAACUAAUGACAGAUAACCGUAUUAGACACAUUCCGGUGAUUAAUGAUAGUGGUAUGAUUGGCAUGGUUUCCAUUGGAGAUGUGGUUCGCGCUGUGGUGAGCGAGUAUCGGGAGGAGUUGAACCGCUUGAACGCCUUUAUACAGGGAGGAUACUGAGUGCUGAUGACAAUGAAAAACAGAUUGAUCAGAUAAACGUGUGCUGUUUGGAAAUCUCGAGUUCUGUAAAUAUUGUGUGGUAUGCGUCUCAUGGAUUGUCUGUUAUGUUGUUAUCCUUAAGAAGAUGAAGCUUGUCGUUGGGAAUAAAAUGCACUCUUUAACAAUGUUCGUUAAUGUUAUUUUGGCUUAUGAACCGGCUUAUGAUAA